AUGCUCGGUUUGAAGACAUACUGGCUCCAAAAUGAAUGCCACGCCAUCGUUAGUGAAAAGGAUAUCGGCAACUUCGGCGCAACUGAGUUGGCAAUACAACCACGAAAGAACGGAUCUGUCCCAAAGCUCCCGAAGCCACUGGCUCUCGAUAAUGCAACGCCAGUGAAGCUGCACGUCCAAAGAAGGCUGCGAUCUUGUGGAUUCUAUCUUGUAUGUUUGCAAUUGCGUCUUUCCCCUUCUCCACCCCGAAAGUACAAGGUGCUGGGAAGGCAAAACAUUUCUACUCACGCUCUGCCAAAGACAAUGCUACUCACCUUUGCGUUCCUCUUUACGCUAAUAGAGGCCUCUGCAAUGCCCAGCGAGGUUUCACCUGCGUUGCCUGCCGGAUGUUACAAGCCCUUGCCUCAAGGCCAGUUCGCUGGAGGAGUCUCUACCAUCCAUGUAACAAGUGAUGGGGAACGGCGCACUUUUCUCCUCUCGAUACCUCCGGAGUACCAUUCAGACACUCCCGCUGCUGCCGUUCUGUCAUAUCAUGGUGGCGGUAGAAAUGCCGAGGAUCAAUUAAAGCUGGAUCAAUUAACAAAUCCAGAGUUCAACUCGGCUGCGUUUGUAAUCUAUCCACAGGGGAUUGAUGUAAGAAGAUGCAUUUCAUUUCAUCCUGCUGCUUCAAUUCGGUACGAGAAAAAUGCUGACAAGCACAAGGAAACAUGGCAAGGCGUUCCUGGCGCGACGAGUGACGAUAUCCUGUUCACAUCCGAUAUACUUGACUAUGUUCAGUAUCGGUAUUGCAUUGACCCUACCCGCAUAUCGGCGACGGGUAAAUCGGACGGUGGAGGGUUCUGCAAUCUAUUAGCCUGUGAUCCGAGGCUAUCUAGCCGCGUCGCAGCAUUCGCACCUGUUUCCGGAGCCUUUUACAUCCACUCGCGACCUUGUAGGCCCCAAACCGUGGAAUUUUCAUGUCGUUCCAGCAGGGCGGACGUGCCCUUCCUUGAGUUUCACGGUGGCAAAGACAAAGUCAUUUCUUAUAAAGGUGGUAGUCGCAAGAAGGAAUGCCUUCCUUCCAUCCCACACUUUAUUCAACAAUGGGCCUCCCUCGAUGGGCUGGGUAUCGACAACACCACUACCCGCGUUUCUCAAAACACUGUUCUCUACACUUUUGGGCACGGGAGCAAGGCUGGACUGGUCGAGCACGUCUAUGACUCUGCUAUCGGCCACGAUUGGCCAAGUACGGUUCCUAAUAUCGACAAUCAAAAUCCCGGUCAUCAUGUCGCCAGUUUUAAUGCAACCCCGAUGAUCUUGGACUUUUUUGCGAAGCAUCCUUUGAGCCUUGGCCUUGGCCAACCUCCAGAAAGACGCGUUCAAACAAGGAAGACUCUGAUGUCUAGUGGCGCUGAAGACGAAAAGUUAUAUCAUCAGAGAGUGCUAAGAGAGUGA